AUGUCUUCUGAGGCUGGGACCAAGGGCUUAGUCCUGGAAAAUACAGCACGUAGAGAUGCUUUGAUAGCCAUUGAAAAAAAGUACCAAAAAUUGUGGGCUGAAGAGCAUUUAUUCGAAAUAGAUGCACCAUCGAUCGAGGAGGAAAAUGUGACCAUAGACCCUGAGGAGUUGAAGGUGAAGUAUCCCAAGUUCAUGUCUUCGCUUGCUUAUCCUUAUAUGAACGGUGUGCUACAUGCAGGUCACUUGUUUACGCUUUCCAAAGUCGAGUUCUCUGUUGGAUUCGAAAGAAUGAAGGGAAAAAGAGCUUUGUUUCCAUUGGGUUUCCACUGUACUGGUAUGCCUAUUUUGGCUUGUGCCGAUAAGUUGAAAAGAGAAAUUGAACUUUUUGGUGCGGAUUUUGCCAAUGCCCCAGCUGAAGAUGAAGAUGCCGAACCAGAGCCUCAAGAAGCCAAGCAAGAGUCCGAAGAUGUCACGAAAUUCAAGGCUAAAAAAUCGAAAGCAGCCGCCAAGAAAGGUCGUGGUAAAUUCCAAUUCGAAAUCAUGCUGCAGCUUGGGAUCGCAAGAGAAGAAGUGGCAAGAUUUGCUGACCCUCAGCACUGGCUCGUGUACUUCCCACCUCUUUGUGAGCAAGAUUGUACUUCCAUCGGUGCUCGUAUCGAUUGGAGACGUAGCUUCAUCACCACCGACAUGAACGCUUAUUACGAUGCGUUCAUCAGGUGGCAAAUGCAGAAGCUCAAGGCAGCCGGUAAAAUCAAGUUCGGUGAACGUUACACCAUUUAUUCUGAAAAGGAUGGCCAGGCCUGUAUGGAUCACGAUAGACAGUCGGGUGAGGGUGUGACGCCCCAGGAAUAUGUCGGUAUCAAGAUAGAGACUUUGGAAUUUGCUGAAGGCGCACAGAAGAUCAUAGACUCCACCGCAAACAUCGACAAAUCCAAGAAAUUCUACUUUGUGGCGGCAACUUUGAGACCCGAGACCAUGUACGGUCAAACUUGCUGCUUCGUCUCACCAAAGAUAGACUACGGCAUUUUUGACGCAGGCGACUCGUACUACAUCACCACAGAAAGAGCUUUCAAGAACAUGUCUUACCAAAAAUUGACCCCAGUUAGAGGUCAGUACAAACCUGUCGUCACGAUAAGCGGAAAAGAAUUUAUCGGAUCGACGAUCCACGCUCCACUUUCUGCUUAUGAUGUUUUGCGUAUUCUGCCAAUGGAGACCGUCAUUGCUACGAAGGGUACCGGUGUUGUCACUUGCGUUCCUUCCAACUCUCCCGAUGACUUUAUGACCACAAAGGAUUUGCAAAACAAGUCAGAAUUCUACGGGAUUAACCCUGAAUGGGUGAAGCACGAACCUGUUCCGAUCAUUCAAUCUGAAAAAUACGGAAAUUUGACUGCCCAGAGUAUUUGUGAAGAGCUCAAGAUCAAAUCUCCAAAAGAUUCUGUUUUACUAGGUGAAGCCAAGAAGAUCGCCUACAAGGAAGAUUUUUACAAUGGAACCAUGAUUUAUGGUAAGUACAAGAACGAAAAGGUCGAAGUUGCCAAGAACAAAUUGAAAGCUGAUUUGCUUGCAGCCAACGAAGCUUUUGUCUAUAACGAGCCUGAGUCUUUGGUCGUUUCACGUUCGGGUGAUGACUGUGUUGUCUCUCUAGAGGACCAGUGGUACGUUGACUACGGUGAGGAAGAAUGGAAGAAACAGGCUCUUGACUGCUUGGACCACAUGCAGCUCUUUGCUCCUGAGGUCAGAAAUGCUUUUGAGGGCUGUUUAGACUGGCUGAAAAACUGGGCUGUUUGUCGUACUUACGGUCUUGGAACCAAACUACCUUGGGAUGAGAAGUACCUGGUGGAGUCUUUAUCUGACUCCACCAUAUACCAAGCGUUCUACACUAUCGCUCACCUACUUUUCAAGGACUAUUACGGUAACGAAAUUGGCCCACUGGGUAUCAAAGCGGAGCAAAUGACACCUGAUGUCUUUGACUAUGUCUUCCAGCACACUGACGAUGUCAAGACCGACAUACCCAUUGAAAGUUUGCAAAAGAUGAGAAGGGAAUUCGAAUACUUCUAUCCAUUAGAUGUUUCGGUGUCUGGUAAGGACUUGAUCACUAACCAUUUGACAUUUUUCAUAUACACUCAUGUCGCGUUAUUUCCCAAAAAAUUCUGGCCAAGAGGUAUCAGGGCUAACGGGCAUCUGAUGCUGAAUAAUGCCAAGAUGUCUAAGUCUACCGGUAACUUCAUGACUUUGCAACAAAUUGUCGAAAAAUUCGGUGCUGAUGCCUCUCGUAUUGCUUUGGCUGACGCAGGUGACACUGUCGAAGAUGCUAAUUUGGACGAAACUAAUGCCAAUGCUGCUAUUUUGAGAUUAUACAACCUGAAAGAAUGGGCUGAUGAGGUUGUUCAGAACAUUUCUUCUUUCCGUUCAGGCCAGAUUACUGAGUUCUUUGACGUUUCAUUUGAGAACGAAAUGAAUUCUUUGAUCGAGGAGACUUACAAACAAUAUGAUUUGACGAACUACAAGGCUGCUCUGAAGGUCGGUCUGUUUGACCUGCAGACAUCCAGAGAUUAUUACAGAGAGUCUUGCGAAACCAUGCACAAAGAUCUCGUCUUGCGCUACAUCGAGCUGCAAGCUUUGGCCCUAGCUCCAAUUGCGCCCCACUUCUCUGAAUACAUUUGGCGUGAGGUCUUGGGCAAUAAGACUUCUGUUCAAGUAGCGAAGUUCCCCCGCGCUUCAAAACCCGUUGACCAGGGCGCAUUGUCCGCUUUGGAGUACCUAAGGGACCUACAAAGAAGCAUCAGAGAAUCUGAAGGUCAAGCUAUGAAGAAGAAGAAGGGCAAGGGCGCCGAUGUGGAUGUCACAAAGCCUGCUAAGAUAGUCAUGCUCAUUUCAGAAAGUUUCCCCGAAUGGCAGAAUCAGUACAUCGAGCUAGUGCGUACACUGUUCGAAGCUCAGUCGCUCAACGACAACAAGAAGAUCAAGGAAGCUGUGGAUCCAAAGGACAUGAAACGUGCAAUGCCUUUUAUCUCCAUGCUAAAGCAGCGCUUAGUAAGUGAGCCCGUGGAAACUGUAUUCAACAGAGAAUUACCUUUCGAUGAGGUCGCUGUUGUUAAAUCCACCGUGGCCAGCUUGAAAAAGUGCUGUCAGGCGAUCAAGUGUGAAGAAUUCCAGUUCUUGUCGUUCCCAUACGGUUCCAAGACCGGUAAGGAUAUCUUCACAGGAGAAGAAGUUGACAUAAACUUCUCUGUAAAGGCUGUGGAGAGUGCUGUUCCUGGUUCUCCUAGCAUUAUCAUUUCCAACAUCUAA